AUGCCUGGAGAAGUCAUUGACCGACCGAAUCCUCGGCCAUUGCCGUCGCACCUCCCCGAUGCUGUGGAGCAGCUUGGGGUCAAACUACAACAUGUUGCCCUGGACCAACAUGCGUACGAUGCGCUGUACAAGUUCCGCCGGGCGGCGGCCUACAUUGCUGCUGCUAUGAUCUUUCUUCGAGACAAUGUGCGAUUAGAUCGCGACUUGACACACGACGAUAUCAAACCACGGUUACUCGGUCACUGGGGAACAUGUCCCGGAUUAAUCUUGAUAUACUCGCACCUGAACUACUGUAUUCGGAGACAUCAUUUGGACAUGCUCUAUGUGGUUGGACCGGGGCAUGGAGCGCCGGCUAUUCUAGCUUCCCUGUGGAUUGAAGGGUCGUUGGAGAAGUUCUACCCCGAAUAUUCCAGGGACAACGAGGGCUUGAAACAGUUGAUUUCGUCUUUCAGUACGACCGCCGGUCUCCCGAGUCAUAUCAAUGUUGAAACCCCAGGAGCAAUCCACGAAGGGGGUGAAUUGGGCUAUGCCCUGGCCGUGUCCUUCGGUGCGGUCAUGGAUAAUCCGAACCUGAUCGUUACCUGUGUCGUUGGCGACGGCGAAGCAGAGACUGGUCCCACAGCGACAUCAUGGCACGCGAUCAAAUACCUCGACCCUGCUGAGUCCGGCGCGGUCCUGCCCAUACUGCACGUCAACGGUUUCAAGAUCAGCGAGCGCACCGUCUUCGGCUGCAUGGAUAACAAAGAGCUCAUUGCCCUCUUUACCGGGUACGGGUAUCAGGUUCGCAUCGUCGAGGACAUACGCGAUAUCGAUACCGAUCUGCAUACCUCUUUGGUCUGGGCGAUCAAUGAGAUCCAUAGAAUCCAAUCGGCUGCACGAUCUGGCGAGCCGAUCAUGAAGCCUAGAUGGCCUAUGAUUGUCUUGCGCACGCCCAAGGGAUGGUCAGGGCCGAAGGAGCUGCAUGGAAAAUUCAUUGAAGGAUCUUUCCAUUCGCACCAAGUCCCUCUCCCCAAAGCCAAGUCUGACAAGGAAGAGCUCCAUGCUCUGCAGAAGUGGCUAUCGUCUUACAACCCCAAGGAGCUUUUUACCGAGAGCGGAGACAUCACCGAUGAGAUCAAGUCCAUAAUCCCCACGACGGACUCCAAGAAACUUGGGCAGCGCCCCGAGGCGUACAAGAUCUACCUCAAACCCGACCUCCCCGACUGGAAACAGUUCGCGGUGAAGAACUCGGGACAGGAAAGCUCGAUGAAGGUCGCCGGGACGCUGAUCGACCAAACCUUAGUUCAGAAUCCGCACAACGUUCGGAUGUUCUCGCCCGAUGAGCUGGAGAGCAAUAAGUUGGACGCCGCUCUCAACCACACGGGAAGAAAUUUCCAGUGGGAUCAGUUCUCCAACGCCAAGGGCGGGCGAGUUAUCGAGGUCUUGAGCGAACACCUGUGUCAAGGUUUCAUGCAGGGAUACACCCUGACCGGCCGCACGGGCAUCUUCCCCUCAUACGAGAGUUUCUUGGGCAUUGUGCACACGAUGAUGGUGCAGUACGCCAAGUUCGUGAAAAUGGCGCGAGAAACAACAUGGCACCAAGGCGUCAGCAGCAUCAACUACAUCGAGACGAGCACCUGGACUCGACAGGAGCACAACGGGUUCUCGCACCAGAACCCGUCCUUCAUCGGCGCCGUCCUGAACCUCAAACCCACCGCCGCCCGAGUCUACCUGCCCCCAGACGCCAACACAUUCCUAACCACCCUCCACCACUGCCUGAAGUCAAAGAACUACGUCAACCUGAUGGUGGGCUCCAAGCAGCCGACGCCGGUGUACCUGAGCGCUGAAGAAGCCGACAACCACUGCCGAGCGGGAGCCUCAAUCUGGCGAUUCUGCAGCACCGACGAAGGGCUCGACCCCGACGUAGUCCUGGUCGGCAUCGGCACGGAGCUCACCUUCGAGGUGGUCGCCGCGGCGGCGCUCCUCCGCCAGCGGUGUCCCGAGCUCCGCGUGCGGGUCGUCAACGUGACGGACCUGAUGAUCUUGGAGAACGAAGGGCGGCAUCCGCACGCGCUGGGCACCGAGGUUUUUGAUAGCUUGUUCACGUCCGACAGGCCCAUCCACUUCAACUACCAUGGGUACACGACGGAGUUGCAAGGUUUGCUCUUCGGACGGCCCCGUCUGGAGCGUGUGAGUGUCAACGGGUACAUGGAGGAGGGAACCACCACGACUCCGUUCGAUAUGAUGCUUAACAAUCGCGUGUCGCGGUAUCAUGUGGCGCUGGCGGCUCUCAGUGGGGCGGCCAAGCGCAACGAGAGGGUCCAGGCGCGGCAGCAAGAGCUGGCUGCUGAGUUCGAUCAGACCAUGGUCUUGACGCGGAAGUACAUUCUUGCUCAUGGGAAAGAUCCCGAUGAUACCUACGACAUGCCUUCGUUUGACUAG